ACCCUCCUCCAACCACCAAGCGCGAGCUAGUGAGCGGGAGCAGCCCACCUUGCUCAGCAUCCUCACUCUCGCUCUCCUCUCCUCUCCUCGAUCCCUCCGCCUCUCUCUCUCUCUCUCUCUCUCUCCCUCCCUCCACCGAAAAUGGGCGGCAAGGACGUCGUGCCGACGGCGACCACCCAACGGAAGGGCGUGGCGAGGCGGCUGUGGCGCGUGGUGCGCGCCGUGCUCUACAUGCUGCGGCGCGGGGUGCUGCCGUCCGGGCGCAAGCUGGCCAUGGACCUCGGCCUCCUCCUCCGCCGCGGCAAGAAAGCCGGCAAGGCCCUCGGCGGCCUUUCUUCGGCGAGGCCGUCCUCCUUCUCGUGCCGCGCACUCGACCCGGCCCUCGCGGUGCACGAGCCCUCGCGCAGCCGCCGCGAGGUCGAGUUCAGCUGCAGCAACACCCCUUUCUCCGCCGCCGCCGGGAGCCGCGGCCACCGCGGCGACGAGGACCCCGGGUACUACUACAGCUACGACGCGGCCGACAUCGCCAAGGUGUUCGAGUUGCUCAACGAGGGCGGCCACCCCUUCGACGACGACGCGCUCGUGAUGGCGCCGGCCACCGCGACGCCGUCGCCCGCGCUGUGGAGUUCAUCCGCCUCCGGGGCCGGGCACCACCCGGGGACGAGGCGGCUCCGCAUCGCCGACUCGCCGUUCUCGGCGCCGGGCUACGAAACGCCGGGCGAGCAGCAGGUGGACAGGAAAGCCGACGAGUUCAUCAGGAGGUUCUACGAGCAGCUGCGCGCCCAGAAGAGCGUCGCCGCCACGCCGGAGAACGACGGUUACGCCGCCGGCUUGUACACCGGCCGUUCCCCACGGCCGGUCGCCGCCGGCACCGUUUAGUGAAGUGUCUCAGUUGAGCACUGGAGCCCGAGGCGGCCACCGGUCGCCCGGCCGGCAGGAGGGUCUAGAGUCUAGACACGCCGCAUGCAUGAAUCUUUUGUGUUGACCCUUGUCCUUGUGCACCAGUCCAUGUUGAUGUCGCACUUAAUCAGUUUGCUCUGGUUUUUGUUAAUUGCGAGAGAUUUUGAUGUAUUUCCCGUAGAUUUUGCUUAAAUGGUCCUCGGUUGUUUACAUGCUUAGAUCAAUAUAAUCUUCCAUGAAUGCUUUAA